AUAUGUUGAACGUAUUUCCCAACGAGGUGGUGUGCAUACACUUGCUGAAGUAAACAACAUUGUUUACAAAAUGACCAAAGCGAAUAAAACGCCGCAAAAAGCAAGUGAACCGAAUAUUAAUGGAGCCUUGACACCAGUUCGAUAUUUGGACAGCCAGCGCCUGCAGUCGCCCACGAGUCACGACGCGAAUUUGGCCACCUGCAAAACGAGAUUGGAGGCCAUAGUCAAACAACUCCAGGAUAACUACGCUAAAUGGCAGCUGGCCCAACAGCGUGGCACAACCAUUUGCUAUACUAUAGAAGCCAAGAAGACCAAGUGUCUGGAGAAGAGCCAUGAUGACGGCAGCUCCCUUUACCCGGAUGAUCUACAACUGCCCUGCAACAAGUUGGCCAUCAUAGCCUCUAUUUUCGGGGAUAUCGCAAAUAAUACAAAGGAAAUCCUUAGACAACUGAGAGGUAUAUUCAAAUUACCGGGAUCUGCAGCGGAUACGAUAUUCUACAGGUCCUGGAAGUUGCAGCAAUUCGUGGUUUUCGCAAAGGAGCUAUUCGAAAGAUAUGAGAAGGAGGCUCUGGUCAAAAUGGAAGUUGCCGGAAACAUUGCUCACUCGACUGAAAGAAGCCAGCUCAUUGCGCAUACAACUUUAUGGGAAUUUCCCGAGCACGUGGAUUCCUAUGUCCACCUGGGGUUUCUUCUUCUCGCCGAAGAAGUCAGUUUAAGGCAAUAAAUUAAACAAUUUUUCAACUUAA